UGCACCACCAACACUGUAACAUAACCAUCCCCUUCUGCCAAGAUUGCCGUCGACCUCGUCGGAGCGGCACCGCCGCCGGCGAGUCCCGCCUCUCACCCCUCUCCUCCUCUCACCGCCGCCCACCGUCUCCUAUCCCUAUCACUUCCUGAUGCCUCCGCAGCCCACCCCAGCGGCGGCCAUCGCCAUGUCCGCAUCCGAGCUCCCUCUCGGCCAACAUCCGUUACGCCCCCACCCAAACCCUAAUCCGGCUUGGUCGCCGGUCGCCGGUCGACGGAGCUCGGUGGCGCCUCUUUUGGUAGCUUCCACUGAUGAAUGUGCUGUCAAUGGUAGCUGGAGCCAUCAUGUUUCCUGUGCUGGGUUGUUCUGUAGUAUAUUAUGCCGGCGCCAUGAACUGAUGUUUUCGAUGGAACAUGUUUGGUUUCUUCUUUUAUAGAAAGAUGAGCUUUGUUCCUAUCGGAGUCACUAUGAAAUCCUAGAUAUUAUCAUGUUCUUGAUGUAUUCUUCAUAUAUAUAUUUUUUGUUGGGAGCUACUGAAUGCUUUUGCUUUCAACUUCAUUGCAUAAAAAUGGACGACACUUACAAAGUUAUACAUAGUUGUAUCAGAGGGAGGCAUGGAUUCUUCAUUGGAAGCAUAGCAGGAAUGUUAUUUUGAAUGUUCGAGCUCGAUGUCUCUGUGGGAGGCUGUUUUCGUGGUCACCUUAAGCUUGUUGUUUUGCAUCCAUGGUCAACUAGACAAUCUUGGUUUCAUAAGCAUCGAUUGUGGAUAUAUCACGACGCCGAGCUACCAGGAUUCCAAGAGAAAUCUAACAUAUGUAGCCGAUGUGGGAUUCACCGAUGCAGGGUUUAUCCACAAUGUUGAUGUUGGGAGCAUGCAGAUGGAUCUUUCACAGCAGUACACAACUGUUCGCAACUUCCCCAAUGGAACUCGCAACUGCUAUACGCUCAAGCAGCUAACAAGAGGUGGCAAGUACCUGGUGAGGGCCACCUUCGGGUAUGGCAAUUACGAUGCUCUGAACAUGACUCCUGCAUUUGAUCUGUAUCUUGGGGCCAACUACUGGGUCUCGGUGAACAUUACUGACGCUAGUAGAGCAUACAUCUAUGAGUCGAUUGUAAUGUCCCCUGAUGAAUUAUUGCAAGUUUGCUUGGUGAAUAUUGGGUCAGGAACCCCUUUCAUCUCUGGGCUUGACCUCAGGUCACUCCCUGCAAAUUUUUAUCCAGAGGCCCAUGUGUUACAGACUCUGGUUUUGCUCAGCUUCUUCCGUGAAGGGGUCAGCUUUGGCCUCAAUCGCUUCCAUUUUGGAACUGAUAACCAUAACAUUAGAUACCCAGUUGAUCACUAUGACCGUUUCUGGCAGAGGUAUGAAGACAUUCCUGGCUGGGAAGAUGUACCUGACAAAAUGAACGGGACAGUCAAAACGCCCCAAAACAACACCUAUGGUGCACCAUCUGAUCUGAUGCGUAGUGCAUCUACUGUGGUGAAUGCCUCAUGGAUGGACCUGCGAUGGAGUUCUGAUGCAUCCAUGGAUGUUGGCAUCAGCCCUGAGUACUUUGUUGUGCUCUACUUUGCCGAGUUGCAGGCAAUCCCAGAUAAUGCGUCACGACAGUUCCUCGUCUCUGUGGAUAACACCUUGUUGGCUGCUGGAUUCAGCCCACGUUACAUGAUGGCUGAUGUUUUAUCACAGACUGUGAAAGGCUCAGGUCCGCAUAGCAUCCUUCUCAAUGCAACAAUAACAUCCAAACUUCCACCGAUGGUUAGUGGCAUGGAGAUAUUCUUGGUGCGGACACUAAAAGAGUCGCCCACUGACUCUUCAGAUGCCAACGCCGUGAUGACUAUCCAGACAAAGUAUUCUGUGAAGAAGAACUGGGAGGGUGAUCCUUGUUCUCCCGCAGCUUUUUCAUGGGAUGGAUUGAGCUGCAAUUAUACUCCGAUCGGAGACAUCCAAUAUAAUCCCACGGGUUUGCACAGAAUAACAGCUUUGAACUUGUCAUUCAGUGAAUUGAUUGGUGACAUUGAUGCUUCCUUUGGUCAGCUCUCAUCGCUCCAACACUUGGAUCUAUCUCACAAUAACCUGUCAGGAUCUAUACCUGACUAUCUGGGUGAAAUGCUGUCACUUACCUUUCUGGAUUUGUCAAACAACAACCUCAGUGGAACAAUUCCAACUUGUCUGCAAGCAAAAUCUGACAGUGGGCGGAUCAAACUAAAGAUUGGGAAUAACCCCAACCUAUGUGGAGAUCAUACCUGCAACCCCAACUCCAUUUCUAAUGAAAACAAGAAGAGGGAUAAAGUUGUAAGUCGUGUAAUAGCUGCUGUCAUAGUAGCUAUGGUGUUAGCCCUAUCCCUAUCUGCAGUUUUCAUUUGGUACAGGAGAAGGAAGACAGACCCAGAUGUUCUUCCUCAAGCUGAUCCAUACAAGAGUCGGAGAUUCAAGUACAAGGAGCUCCAAGACAUAACGAAUGACUGGAAAAAUGUAAUUGGGGAAGGUGGGUUUGGUCAUGUAUAUGCUGGAAAAUUGGAGGAUGGAACUGCUGUUGCUGUCAAGGUUGAAUCACAAACAUUGCGAGGAAAUCGUAAGCAGUUUUUGGCAGAGGUUCAACACCUGACCAGGGUUCAUCAUAAGAAUUUGGUGUCCUUAAUUGGCUAUUGUGACGAUAAGGAACACAGAUGCCUUGUGUAUGAAUACAUGGAUGGGGGAACCCUGGAGGCCCGGCUCAGAGGUCAGGAAGCUCCAUCUGAACCACCCCUUACUUGGCUGCAACGUCUUAACAUUGCACUAGGAUCUGCCAAUGGAUUAAAUUAUCUGCACAGGUCGUGUAGUCAGCCUUUAAUUCACAGAGAUGUAAAGACAGGAAACAUCCUUCUGACAGCAAGCCUUGAAGUAAAGAUAUCUGACUUUGGGUUGACAAGGGCUUCCAUCCAUGGGACAGUGGGAACACACACCCCAACCCAACUGGCUGGCACUCCAGGAUACAUGGACCCAGAAUCCCUUCAAACUAGUCAUCCAAGUGAGAGCAAUGAUGUGUUCAGCUUCGGAGUUGUUCUCAUGGUGAUCAUCACAGGAAGGUCAGCGAUUGUCACCAUCAAUGGUGUGGAGAGGAACCUUGCACAGUGCAUGCGCGACUGGCUUUUAAAUGGAGGAGGAAUUGAGGCUAUCACUGAUCCGAGGAUACGAGACAAUUGCAAUCACAGCUCAGUAGAGAUGGUGGCACAAUUGGCUCUAGAUUGCACUCAGCCCACUGGUCAGGACCGGCCAAUUAUGGAGGAUGUUGUCACCACACUGACGCAGAGCUUGCAACUGGAGCUGUCAUUGUCAUCGCCGAGCUUCAUGAGAUCCAGAACCACCAUCUCAUCAGCUGUUCGGUUCACCGGUUCAGGGUGUGCUGAUCGCGAUGCCGCUGCUGACUACAUCGCUGCACUUCAGUUAGAACAGGCCUUUGUCGAAACAUCAACAAGGUAUGUGACAUGCGAAUGACAGCCUGCAAAAUUACGCGGGCCUCCGCACCAGCUGGGUACGUGACAUGCAUAGCGAAUGUGGCAAAUUUUCUAGGGAAUGUGGCAAAUUUUGUCAUGAACCGUACAUCUAGUACUCGCUUUUGAUUUACAUGAACUUCCUCCUAUAUUUGGGCAUGAAAUGUGCCUCUUGUUAACCACUGGCUUCUGUUACUUUUGGUGAGUAGAGGGUGCUCUGUUUUUCUCUGAGUGACCCUUGCUAUCUUAAUUUUUGACACUGCCUGCUAUGUAUCAUCAUAUCAUUCUUCAAUUCCCAAACCAAAAAAAACUUCAUAUGC